AUUCGAAUAUCCACCUGCCAAACACGCAAAGCACGAAGUAACACGAAUCAAGAAUGGAACUUCAAUCGACUGUAUAUGGUCAGCUGCGCAGACGUCACGAAUUAAAAAUAUUACCGAUUGCGAAUUGUUUACUACUGAUGGACUCAUAACAGUUUUAUGGAAAGCCGGUAUUGAACUUGACCACAACAAUAAAGCACGUGCCGUAGUAAAAUUUAUAGUUCCUGGGGAUCAUAACCUUCCUAAACAAUUUUUGCUUAGAAGCGCAGCGACUACAGAUUUAGGACCACAUUUUUUGGAUAUAGGUGAAUAA